AGGAGGGACGCUCACUCAACCAACCUGCAAGUCGGUCCUCGCUCGGCUGCCUUUGCGUGGAGCUCGAGAAGCUUUCCUUUCAGGAGAACAUUGCGGAUCUUUCUCCGACGUUUCCCGAACUUGAGGCACAUAACCAGCAGGGGUAGGGGGGCGCCGAGGUGUAGGGAAACUUCUCCCCGGGGCCGGCCAUCGAUCGUGAGACUUGCUCGGAUGGAGCCACAGCGGCGCGCUUGACGUUCAAGUGGCAACAAGCUCGGAAGGCGAGCGAACAAUCCGGCCCGUCAAAUUCAGAUUUUGGCAUCGCCUCAUCCUUUAGUUUUUUGUUGCUGGUGGCUUUGGAGGUCGCAGUCCAGUUCAGUCCAGGGGACCCCCACUCUUUCUCUCAGUUUUUUUUUUGUUUUUUUUUGAAGCCCCUCAAGUGGGAUUUGCACAAAUUGCAUGCUCGCUCUUUGUGCGCGGUUCUAACAGAGAAGACCCCCUACCCCCCACCCCCACCCCCCCUCCGGGAGACGAGGUGCCAUGGCGCAGCUGUGUGCGGGAAUUUGCGUGCUCCUCUUGGCGCUGCACGUCCAAGGGAAUGAUGCAUCACAAAGCACGGGCCUUGGUGGAGGUCAGAUGGUCCAGAUGGACUCGAGCAAGUCGGGCUUCGUGGGCUCCCAAGUGGAGCUGCGCUGCAUUUUCAUCAACAGCAACCCGCCGGUGAAGAUCUCGCAGGUGACCUGGCAGAAGCUGCUCAACGGCACCAAGCAGAACGUGGCCAUCGCCAACCCGGCCCUGGGCGUUUCCGUGCUAGCGCCCUUCAAGGAACGCGUCAGCUUCAAGCAAGCGGCCGUGCGCCACCGCACGCCCUCGCUGGAGGACACCACCAUCGUCUUCUCCAACCUGCAGCUGUACGACGAGGCGGCGUACAUCUGCGAGUACACCACCUUCCCGGCGGGCAACCGCGAGAAUAUGGUCAACCUCACCGUCUUUGCUCGCCCCAUGACUCGCAUGACCUUGACCACGCCCACCAUCGUGGCCCGCUCUCAGCGCCGCAAGAUGACGGUGGCCACGUGCAUGUCGGCCAACGGCAAGCCGCCCAGCGUGAUCAGGUGGGACACCAGGCUAAAGGGCGAGGCCACCUUCCAGGAGACGCGCAACCAGAACGGAACGGUGACGGUGCGCAGCAACUACGUGAUCGUGCCCGGCCGGGAGACGCACAAGCAGAAACUGACGUGCAUCGUCACGUACCGCAACGAGAGGUUCGCCGACAGCGUGGUGCUCAAUGUGCAGUACGAACCCGAGGUGAAGAUCGAAGGCUUCGACGCCAACUGGUACCUGAACCGCCAGAACGUGCAGCUGACCUGCCGGGCAGACGCCAACCCCCCUGUCACCAUCUACCAGUGGAAACUUCUGAAUGGCUCGCUGCCAAGCAAUGUUGAGAUCAAGAACAACAGCCUGUUCUUCAAAGGCCCCGUCACCUACGACCUGGCCGGCACGUACGUGUGUGACGCCACCAACGGCAUCGGCACGCGCACCGGGAUCGUGGACGUCAACAUCACAGAAAAACCGAUGGCGCAGGGCCCCCCGGGCGGCGUUAUCGGGAUCCUCGGAGGCGUCGUGGCCAUCGGCCUCAUCAUCGGCGUGGCCGUCACCGUGGUCAUGGUCCACCGGCGCCAGCAGAAGACCCGCACGGAGACAGAUAAUGACCUCAUCGCCGUUGCGGCUGUUACUGACAGUUGCGUGACACAGGCUGCAGAGAAGCCAGAGUCCGCCACAAGGACCGACCUCCCGCCGGCCCACAAGCCCGCCCCGCCGCCGCCCAAGAAGAAGAACAGCGACAUGAAGGGACACUUGACAUCCGAUGACAUCCAGGUGGUCCAUCUGGACAAAGACGACGAGAUGCAGAAGCUUCCUCUGCAGCCGCCUUAUUACGACAUGGCGCCCUCCGAGUCGACCCCCUUCACCGAUAAGCCGGACACCGGGAACCAUCCGGAUGAGCCGUUGAACCCGACCGAGUACAUGAGCCACCAGCGCGACGUGGAGCACCCGCCCGAGUGUCAGCCCGCGGCUCCCCCGACCCACCCGCCCGUCACCUUCCUGCCGCAGCACCCCUACGCCCAGCCGCCCUCCAACGAGCCCAUGUACUCCAACACCGGCUUCUCCGCCCCCACCGCCCCGCGAGCGCCCUUCCCCAAGGAGCAAUCCGUGUGACGCCCCCUGGCCCAAACACGACGCACCUCGUAACCCCCCGAGCCCGUCCUGCUUAUUUCCAGCUUUGCGUCGUUUUCUACUGCGUACAAAAAUGUUUGCCAAGUCUUUCGCUAGCUCGUCGUCGCCUUUUCGUAAUCGACUUUGCUUUCUCCCCCAGUUGAAUUGCUUGCUUGCUUAGCCCUGAUUGUCGACUAAAUUCAUCUUUAAAAAUCACGGGAAAAAAAGUCCUGAAAUAAGUAAUAUAUUCCUUAAUUUAAGCAAAAUCAUCUGACAAUACAACAGGAACAUUUUGACUUGGUAAGAUUUCUUAAAACAAGUAAUCAUAGUUAGCCUAAAAAAAAUUACAAAAAAACACCUGAUACUUACAUCUGGUAUUUCUUAUUUUAAGCAAAAUUUACUCAUAACCUGUAAUAAAAACUCAAUUACUUAUAAUUCCCCCUGGGGGAAAAGUGCUUAAAUGAAGUUAAAUGGUCUUAUACACGAAAUCCCUGGUAAGAAAAAAUAUCUUAGCAGACAAAGAACAAACAUAUUUUGCCUUGCAUUUCGAUAUUUAAUCUUGGUUCGAUUUGAGUUUUGGCAGUGAAACGUAAUGAAAUGAGAAAUAUAUUACUUCAUUUAGGGAAAAUUAUCUUCCAAUAGAACAAGUAAACAUAGCUAGGUUAAAAAAUUUCAUAAAACUAGUGUAUUUAUACUCACAACCUCUAAUUUUUAGAUCUAUACUACUAUAAGGAAAAUAUUUAAGAAUUGUUUUUGGACAGGUAGGAAAAUGUGCUUAAAUGGAGCAUUUGCUAGCCCUCAUCACCCAAUUCUUGUUUUGAGCUAGGCUUACUCGUAACCAGUAAUAAAAUCUGAAAUGUAAUAAGAGUUUUAAGGAAAACAGUGCUCGGAGCAAGGGAAAUUCUUUUACACAAAACUGCCUGGUAAGAGAAACGAUAUUGGUAAACAAACAACAACAGAUAUUUUGCCUUGAUUUGGGAUAUUUAAUCUUGGUUAAAUUUGAGUUAUUGCAGUGAUAGUGUACGUUUUCUGCCGUGAAAAGUUCCGAUAAAUACAAUCCGAUCCCUUCCAGGACUAUUAUGUGAUGUUGAAACUUAUCAUCGCUUUGCUUUUUUUCCCCCUGGUUUGUUAGAACUGAAUGUUAGCACGUGUAGUUACAAGGAAACAUACACACACAAACGUAAACACUAAAAAAAAAAAAAAGAAUGCGAGAGUCUCCUUUUGUAUUUCUCUAGUUCCAUCAGUGCAAGGCAUUCUUUUUUUGUUUUUGUAAAUACAUAUUUUCUAGUAGUAGCUGAGUAAACCCCAUGUAGCGUAUAUCCAUUAUUUAACGCGAGGUAUACGAUCACUGAUUGGGUACGCGUGCUAUUGUCACAGCUCAUGAAGAUCUUUAGUUUUCGAGACAAUCACUCUAACCCAGUGGUUCCCAAACUCUGUUAUGGUAAGACACAUAUUUUGAAUUAAGAAAAAUACAAAUAAAAAAGUCUUACAAAGUACUGAAAUAAUGAUGAGCUAAUCUCAAUUUACUCAUAAAUGACCUACUCCGUGGCCCAUUUUAGUUCUGUUGUAUGAAUGUCAAGAGAUGGAUACGAAGGUGGAUUUUACACAGGCUUCCAAAGGGGCGGAACAUUGCCAGUAAAUUCUCGAAAAGUUGACGGUAAAUUUCCAUGGGAAGUUGAGCUGGGGAAUUUGGGAACCAUUUCACUUUGGAAGCUUUCCAUGCGAAUUAACUUGUAUUUGCGGGUAAUUUAAUGGAAAUGUGUCACAUUCAAGCUUAAAUAUACAAAAAAAAAAAUGUUUGCGAAGAAGCUGACAUCCAUGCAAAAUAGAUAGCUCUCCUUGCCCACAUGCGAGGGCCUCACCUUAAUUGCUCCUUUUUAUUUCAUGUUUCUAACUUUAAACAUUUCUGGAAUUGUGCAAUGCUAAUUCUACCUUCUGCCAUCUACUGGAAGAGCAUUUAAUUGUUUCGCUUGUAUCCGUACGUCGCUGGUAAAGAUAGAUAAACCAAGAUACAUUAAGAAAUAAUCAUUUUCAGACAAAUUAAGUGAAUUGGUAUCAUUUCCGCCACCACUCCCGUUGAUCUGUCACAGAAGACUAAUGUGCCGCAGCACAGCGAUUGGGAAUCACUGCUGUAAUAAAGCAAAAUGUUGCUUGAAAAGACUGAAUGACUUUUUUGUGAUCAGUCACUCCUCAUUUUGUUGUUCGUGACAUUUUUAGCAACAGCAUUGGGAGUCUACUUAGAGCUUAAACAUUGUCAUCUUGAUUUAAUUGAAGGUAAACAAAUACAAAUUUGAAAGCCAUAUUACCGACAUUUACCGGACUUCAGUGGAAUAGCAACCAUCAAAACGUACGAUCUUUAGCUUAGAUUUCACAUUAACGUCGCGCUGAAUUUACGGUUCCGAAUAGAACUUUCCCUUGGUGGAAAUGUUGCAUGAAUAAAAGCGACUUUUUUGCGACCACUUCAAAAAAUAAUUUUUGACAAAGCCUGCAACUGUACAGAAGCACUUGCUGUCACUCGCUGUGACCAUUGGAGACCAUACAUAAGCUAAUACAACAUCACAAACGUAAAAAUACAACAUACAUAACUCCUUUCGAAGUAGCAAAUUCGCAUCAAGUUUUGCUUUUGUUUUGCUGUUGUUUUUCUCUUCUUUUUUUUUUUUUUGCCAUGUCCAAUGUAUAAAAAAAGUAUAUUUGUGUUUGUGCUGAUGUGAGGAAAAAAAAAAAAAAAACGCUUUGAAAGUGAUUUUUUUUGUGAGUGAUGGUUGUAAAAGCACGAGGUCGACUUCCUGCUGAGGAGCUUGUUGUUGUUAGUACCACUGAAACACAACGUUGUCUUCUAUUUGUGACACAUUAUUAUUAUAGCUAUGACGAUGAUGAUGAUUAUGUAUGUAUAUGUAAGUAUAAGGGUUAUUAAGUGAGUCUGCUUCAAGUGGUAUUCAUUUUUUUGUCAGAAAAAGUGUCAAAACUUUUGUUUUCCUCAUCACAUUUAGACCUCAUAACCUUUUGAAUCCAUUUCCUUUUGUGGGUUUUUUUUUUUGUAAGACUGUGACUUUUAUUUUUCUAAAUAUGUAUAUUUAUUUAUAGCCUGACACACCUUCCUCCUACUCCAUUUUUUUUUUGGGACAUAUUUGUGAGGAUAACACCCGAGUAGCUUCUUACUGGAAUGAUGACGUCAUGUGAAAAAGAAAAAAUGUACUGUUUUUCUUAAUUUUAUUAUCAUGUUUGCUGUAAAUAUUAACAACGUAUCUAAUGUGUGUAAAAAACAAAACAACAAAAAAAGUACAAAAUAAGUCAUGCAGUUUAAAAUUAAA